GAAUUGUUUCAAUUAUGACUCUCACUGUUCUUGCCUAUGAACGGUACAUUCGAGUAGUCCAUGCAAAAGUGAUUGACUUCUCUUGGUCUUGGCGAGCUAUCACAUAUGUCUGGCUCUACUCAUUAGCCUGGACUGGAGCGCCUCUUUUGGGCUGGAACAGAUACACACUGGAAAUCCAUGGAUUAGGUUGCUCAGUGGACUGGAAGUCAAAAGACCCCACUGAUACCUCCUUUGUGCUCCUUUUUUUCCUUGGCUGUCUAGUAGCACCUGUUGGAAUCAUGGCUUAUUGCUAUGGCCAUAUUCUAUAUGCGGUAAGAAUGCUUCGCUGUGUGGAAGACUUCCAGACUGUUCAAGUGAUCAAACUUCUAAAAUAUGAAAAGAAGGUGGCUAAAAUGUGUUUCUUGAUGAUCUCCACAUUCCUUAUUUGCUGGAUGCCCUAUGCAGUGGUCUGUCUCCUGGUAACAUACGGCUAUAGCAACCUUGUAACUCCCACAGUAGCUAUUAUCCCAUCUUUCUUUGCCAAGUCAAGCACUGCUUAUAAUCCAGUCAUCUAUAUCUUCAUGAGUAGAAAGUUUCGACGAUGCCUUUUACAACUCCUGUGUUUUCGCCUGAUGAGAUUCCAGAGGACCAUGAAAGAGACACCAGCAACAGGGGAUGACAAACCAAUACGACCAAUAGUUAUGUCUCAUAAAGCAGGGGACAGGCCAAAGAAGAAAGUAACUUUCAGCUCUUCCUCUAUAAUUUUUAUUAUCACCAAUGACGACGCUCAGCAAAUAGAUGACAACAGUAAACACAAUGGGACAAAAGUAAAUGUCAUCCAAGUAAAGCCACUAUAG